AUGCCUUCCAUCCUGAAACUGAUCUUGUUGUCUGCUUUGCCUCUAGUCUGGGCUGUUCCGGCGCAAACGAAAGCAGCCACAGCCAACCCAACUGUUAUCAUCUCCAGGCCCGAAGCCACUGUCGUUGGCUCCACGGGUCUCAACAAGAUCGAUAAAUUCAAUGCCAUCCCGUUCGCACUGCCUCCCACUGGCUCCUUUCGGUUGAGACCACCUCAACCAAUCCAAACAUCCCUCGGAACUAUCCAUGCUACUUCCGCUGCGAAGUCCUGCCCGCAAUUCCUGUUCAGUACCGACAAAAAGGACCUCCCUAGCUCCAUAAUCGCGAAGCUCAUCAACAUCCCGAUCUUCCAGGAGAUCACCAAUGCUGGCGAGGACUGUUUGACUCUCGAUAUACGUCGUCCGUCCGGAACUCAGGCACACGCAAAGCUACCAGUGCUGGUCUGGAUCUUUGGUGGUGGAUUUGAACAAGGUGCCACCACAAGCUAUGAUGGAUCAAGCUUUGUGACAAGCUCUGUAAAAUUAGGUAUGCCAAUCAUCUUUGUGGCCAUGAACUACCGUCUCGGUGGGUUCGGGUUUUUGCCGGGCGCAGAGAUCUUGAAGGAUGGCUCCGCCAAUCUCGGACUUAUGGACCAGCGUCUUGCUUUGCAAUGGGUCGCAGACAACAUCGCUGCAUUUGGAGGCGAUCCGUCCAAGGUCACUAUCUGGGGUGAGUCUGCUGGCGCCAUCUCAGUGUUUGAUCAGAUGGCUAUGUAUGAUGGUGACAAUAUAUACAAUGGUGCGCCGCUUUUCCGCAGUGCCAUCAUGAACUCCGGCAGCAUUGCGCCUGUGCAUCCCGUUGACGGCAGGAAAGGUCAGGCUAUAUAUGAUACUGUUGUUAAAAACGCUGGUUGCAGUGGUGCCAGUGACACCCUUGCAUGUCUACGCGGGCUGGAUUACACCAAGUUUCUGAAUGCUGCCAACUCAGUCCCAGGCAUUUUGGGUUACAAUUCUGUCGCCGAGUCAUAUCUGCCUCGUCCGGAUGGCACGAUCUUAACCCAAUCACCAGACCAACUAGUCGUCCAAGGCAAAUAUGCCGCGGUGCCAUUCAUCGUCGGCGACCAAGAAGAUGAAGGAACUAUAUUUGCUCUAUAUCAGAACAAUUUGACGACAACCGAUCACAUCGUGGACUAUCUACAGAAUCUGUUUUUCUUCGAUGCAUCGCGACAGCAGCUUACAGAUUUCGUCGCCACCUACCAAGAUAUCAAAGAAGACGGCUCCCCCUUCCGCACGGGAUCUCUUUACAACUGGUAUCCACAAUAUAAACGACUGGCGGCCAUCCUAGGCGAUAUAUCUUUCACCCUCACACGCCGGGUGUUCCUAAACCACGCCCAGAAAGCGAAACCAGAUGUUCCCUCCUGGUCCUAUCUUUCAACCUAUGACCAUGGCCUUCCCUUCCUAGGAACCUUCCACGGAUCCGAUAUUGUGCAGGUGUUCUAUGGGAUCUUGCCAAACUACGGAUCCCAAUCCCUACACUCAUACUACUUGUCAUUUGUGUAUGAGCAGGACCCCAAUGCUAAGGCUGGAAAUUAUAUGGAUUGGCCACAAUGGGGUAACAACCAGUCGCUGAUGAACUUUGCCAUCGACCGUUCUUCCCUCUUGCCGGAUGACUUUCGUCAAGAUAGCUAUGACCAGAUCAUGGCGGAUCCUGCUGCGUUCUAUAUUUGA